AUGCCGACGCCAGCAUCAGCAUCACCGCUGGUAACAACACCAUCAGGUUCCACACCAGCGGCCGAGGAGUCGCUCCGCGUCGCCGUCAUCGGCUCGGGACCGCACGCGCUCUCGCUGCUUUGCCGCGUUGUCGACGAUGACGCCGAUCUGCUGGACGAGGCGGAGCGCACACGCGUAGCCGCCAAGGCUGGGUCCCGUGCGCGGUCGCACGCGGAGGUGCGCAAGGCGCUGCAGAGGCGGUUUGUGGACGCGGCGGCGCACCUGGCCGGCGUCGCCGUCUUUGAUUCGGGCGGCGAGUGGAUGGGGCAGUGGCGACGCGACUUCUCGGCGCUGGAGAUCGAGCACUGCCGUUCUCACUCAGACCUGCACCCCUGCCCACACGACUUUCAGUCGCUGCGGGUGUGGGCCGAAAAACACAAGCGCGAGCUGGAGAUGUGGCACAUGGCCUACCUCGACCGCGGCGCCGCGCGAGCCGCCGGCUUCUCCGGCCCGUACGCUUUGCCGGGCACCCGCCUCUUCCUCGACUUUUGCGCCUCGCUGGUGGCGAGGGUCGUCUGCGCCAUGGGCCCGGGCCCGAUGUUUGCUGGGAUGCGGGCCAAUCUGCCGUGGUGGCAAACGGCGGGGCACCUCUGCCUCGUCGCAGUCAAGAAUGGCGCCACCGCCGUCACUCUCGCCGCCCGCCGCCCGAUCGUGCGAAAGCCGUUCGACGUCGACCUGCAGGCUCGCGUGGUUGGCGACCGGCGAGGCGAGGCCCUCUCUUCCUUCUGGGCAGCUCCCCCGUGCGACCGGCCGCGCCUCAUCGGCCGGCUGAGGGGAGGGGGCUCGAUGGCGGGCGAGGUCGAGGUUGAGAGCGCGGCUUGGCGGCCGGCUGGCGGGGAGGGCGGCGGCAGCUUCGACGUCUCGUUCGACGACGGCUCGUCGGAGAGGUUUGACUAUGUGUGGCUGGCGACGGGCGGGGAGAUGGACCUCUCCCUCGUGCCUCUCUUCGCGCAGCUGCUCGCGCAGGUCCCGAUCCAGACGCACGGCGGGCUGCCCGCGCUGCAGCAGGACCUCUCCUGGGCAGCGCACUGCCCGCUGCACCUCGAGCUCGGCGCGGACGCACUCAACCUCGCCGGCUGCCGCGCGGGAUCAGUGCGAAUCGCGCGGCUCCACAAACUAUAA